GGAGAGGAGGAGGAGGAGGAGGGCCUACAGCUAUUGUUCAUGUCCUCCCGUGAACAAAGGGCUCAUCUGGGUCCGUAUGUAAACCCACAGCAGGCUUCAGCCCACUGACAAGGCCUCAUGCGGGACAAAACAUAACCGACCGACUCCCGCAAUUUAGGCCGUAUUCCCUUCCAGUCUCGCGGUUUGAGGAGAUUUUUUCAUUGAUCCUAUUCAGAGGGACGUAUUGUGUUGGUACGUUGCGUCCAGCCAACCGCCGUCCAGCGGGCCUAUCCGUUUUUACGCACGGAGCGUACACACGGUCUAUCAUCACGGAUCUGUAAACAUCAAUUUUCUGAUUGGACUUCUUUGCAGGCUGUUCCUCCAAGUCAUUCAAGCUGUACUCCCCCAAGGAGCCCCCUAACGGUAGCACUUUUCCCCCUUUCCACCCCGGCACCAUGCUCGACAGAGACGUGGGUCCCACCCCAAUGUAUCCUCCCACAUACCUGGAGCCAGGAAUAGGGACCAGGAGGCACACACCAUAUGGCAACCAGACAGACUACAGAAUAUUUGAACUCAACAAACGGCUACAGAACUGGACAGAGGAGUGCGAUAACCUGUGGUGGGAUGCAUUCACUACAGAGUUCUUUGAGGAUGAUGCCAUGUUGACCAUUACUUUCUGUCUGGAGGAUGGACCCAAACGCUACACAAUUGGCCGGACGUUGAUUCCAAGGUACUUCCGGAGUAUAUUUGAGGGCGGUGCCACUGAGCUCUACUAUGUGCUGAAACACCCCAAGGAGUCCUUCCACAACAACUUUGUCUCCCUCGACUGUGAUCAGUGCACCAUGGUCACCCAGAAUGGAAAGCCCAUGUUCACACAGGUGUGUGUAGAAGGGCGCUUGUACCUGGAGUUCAUGUUUGACGACAUGAUGCGGAUAAAGACGUGGCACUUCAGCAUCAGACAACACCGUGAACUUAUCCCCCGCAGUAUACUGGCCAUGCACGCCCAGGACCCACAGAUGCUGGACCAGUUGUCCAAAAACAUAACAAGAUGUGGCCUGUCGAACUCCACCCUUAACUACCUCCGACUGUGUGUGAUUCUGGAGCCCAUGCAGGAGCUGAUGUCCAGACACAAGACAUACAGUCUCAGCCCCAGAGACUGCCUCAAGACCUGCCUCUUCCAGAAAUGGCAGAGGAUGGUGGCACCACCAGGUAGGCAAACAACAUGCACACACAGCCACGUGAACAACAACACAGCAAAUGUAUCUGUAACUCUUUCCCUUCAUCCCCUCUCUGCAGCUGAGCCAUCAAGACAGGCCCCAAACAAACGACGGAAGCGUAAGAUGUCAGGUGGCAGCACCAUCAGCGGAGGAGGAGGAACUAACAACAACAACAACAACAAAAAGAAGAGCCCAGGCAGUGGUUUCCCUCUGUCCAGCCAAGUUCCAGAUGUGAUGGUGGUGGGAGAGCCCACACUGAUGGGAGGGGAGUUCGGUGACGAAGACGAGCGUCUGAUCACGCGGCUGGAGAACACACAGUUUGACGCGGCCAAUGGCAUAGAUGACGAGGACAGCUUCAACAACUCUCCGGCACUGGGCUCCAACUCGCCCUGGAACAACAAGGCCCCCUCCAGCCAGGAGAGCAAGAGCGACAACCCCACCUCACAGGCCUCGCAGUAGAGCCCAGAGCCCCGCGACUUCAACACAGACCCCUCUCUGUCACUCCUCAAAGCCCCCGCCCCACCCCUACAGCCACGAGUGCAACAGCAACAGUCCAUCGCCUGCUCGCCAACCCAGACAUCACUGUAGAGCUCAGUCAUCACACCCAGCUGGUCCGAGGGAGCUCAGUAUGUCGCAGACAAUGUCAGGAAGUUUUACAAGUUGUCAUCAUUGCUGUGACUUCCUCAUAUUUAGGCACUGUGUCCCAUCUCUGUCUCGCCUUUCCUCAUCUCACACUCAAAAUGUCCCAUCUGCUCUUGCUAAUUUUCAGUUUGGACAGUAAUCCGGGUAGACCUGACCAAGGAGGCGCAGGGAUUUGUGCACACUAAACUAUCCAUACUGAAGUACACAUGUAGGAAGUGACGGGGUGGAGGGGAUGUUGGCAGCGGGGCUUCGACAUGGUGGCGAGUUGCUUAGGGACCACUUGCCCACCCUAUCUCGCAACAUGGCUCUCAAUUCUGGUCUGUGCUCUGUUGACGCACAGGUCACUCGUAAUGUUUCUUAAUAGUAUAUGUGUGUGUGCGUGUGUGAGCGUGUGUGAGGAGAGUAAAGAGGCAGUCUGAGCUUAUUUGUGGCUUUGCUGAAGCAGACGGACCAGAAUUUAGAGUCAGUCUGUAAAACCAUUGAAAUUCACACAUGAGUAGGAGAGCUGAAAUGUGGCACUAGGGAAACUACACAUACAGACAUACACACACACACACACACACACACACACACACACACACACA